AUGAGGAUCCAUAAUCCGCUGGCGCUUAGCUUUAAAAUUCAAACACAAGCGGCGGUUAACGGCAACCUCCGAAAAUGCCUCCUUAAAACCCGCGGCGGCGGCCUCGACUGUGCCGCCUAUGGCUCCGCCAUUCAGCACUGCACGAACCACCGCCUCGUCCGUCACGCCAAGCAGCUCCACGCUCGCCUCUUCCUGUUCUCUGUCACACCCGAUAACUUCCUCGCCUCAAAGCUCAUCAACUUCUAUUCCAAAUCCAACCUCAUACGAGAAGCGCGCAAGGUGUUCGACGCAAUUCCCCACAAAAACUCCUUCUCAUGGAACGCGAUGCUUAUCGGCUACACCUUCAACGGAAUGUUCCGCGACGCGCUGAACCUGUUUACCUCUUUGUCCUUCUCCAGCAGUGUCUCUCCCGAUAGCUUCACUAUAACUUGCGUAUUGAAGGUGCUGGCUUCGUCGUUUUGUAGCCCCAGAUUGGCUAAAGAGGUUCACUGUUCGGUUCUUCGACGUGGGUUCGACUGGGAUGUUUUCGUUCUCAAUGCGUUGGUUACGUGUUACUCGAGGUGCGAUGAGCUUGGACUUGCGAGGACGGUGUUUGACAGAAUGCCUGAGAGAGAUGUUGUGUCGUGGAACUCGAUGAUUGGUGGGUAUUCUCAGUGUGGGUUCUACGAAGAGUGUAAGAGGUUGUACUUGGAGAUGUUGGGUGUGGCGGGGUUUGCACCAGAUGUGGUUACGGUACUCAGCGUGAUGCAGGCAUGUGGACAGUCCAAGGAUCUUGUGUUUGGAAUGGAAGUUCACCGUUUGGUGAACGAGAGGCAAAUUGAGAUGGACGUUUCGCUUUGCAAUGCUGUGAUUGCCAUGUAUGCGAAAUGUGGUAGUCUGGAUUAUGCUCGAGAGUUGUUUGAAGAAUUGACUGAAAAGGACGAGGUUACUUAUGGGUCUAUUAUUUCGGGGUACAUGGUUUACGGGUUUGUAGAGGAAGCAAUGACUAUUUUCCGAGGAAUGGAAAACCAUGGAUUAAGUAUCUGGAAUGCUGUGAUUUCCGGUAUGGUUCAGAAUAACCAGUAUGAAGGAGUCUUUGAUUUAGUUAGAGAAAUGCAGGGUUCUGGUUUGAGACCUAAUGCUGUUACACUUGCUAGCACUCUUCCUUUGUUUUCGUACUUCUCAAAUCUGCGAGGAGGGAAAGAGGUGCAUGCUUAUGCUAUCAGAAGAAGUUAUGACCAAAAUAUGUAUGUCGCAACUGCCAUUAUUGAUACUUAUGCAAAGUUGGGGUUUAUUCAUGGGGCACGGCAGGUUUUUGAUCAAUCCGGAAGUAGGAGCUUAAUAAUUUGGACAGCAAUUAUAUCCGCUUAUGCUGCUCAUGGAGAUGCUAGUUUGGCACUUGGUCUCUAUGCUCAGAUGCUAGAUAAAGGAAUUCAACCUGACCCAGUGACAUUAACUGCUGUAUUGACUGCCUGUGCUCAUUCCGGACUGGUGGAUGAAGCUUGGGAAAUCUUCAAUGUGAUGCCCUCAAAAUAUGGCAUCCAACCCUUAGUGGAGCACUAUGCUUGCAUGGUCGGUGUUCUUAGUCGAGCUGGAAAGCUCUCAGAAGCAGCAAACUUCAUUUCUAAAAUGCCAAUUGAGCCAAGUGCUAGAGUUUGGGGUGCUUUGCUACAUGGGGCUUCUGUUUAUGGUGACGUUGAAAUGGGCAAGUUUGUUUGUGAUCAUUUGUUUGAGAUUGAGCCUGAAAAUACAGGGAAUUACAUAAUUAUGGCAAACCUAUAUUCACAUGCUGGGAGAUGGGAAGAAGCUGAUAGGGUUAGGGAAAGAAUGAAAGAAAUUGGGUUACAGAAGAUCCGUGGAUGUAGCUGGAUUGAAUCGAGUGGAGGGUUACUAAGCUUCAUUGCCAAGGAUGUAUCAAAUGGAAGAUCUGAUGAGAUUUAUGCAUUGCUGGAAGGAUUGCUUGGUUUGAUGAGGGAAGAAGGAUAUAUUUUGCAGGAAGAGUUGGAUUAUGAGAAUGCUUUUAGCUCAUAACUGACAUGUGUUAAUUUGAACUGAAACAGAUCACUCACCUCUUGUAUGGCCAGAGCAACACAAGACCAGACAACCUUUGAGGAGCAGAAAUUAAUUAACAACUCUGUAUUUAUGUAGAAAAAGCUGUAUCCGGACAAGGCAACAACUUUUGGUCAAAUGAUAACCACCUUUGGAGUGGAAGUUCCUGAGAUUACAUGUUUAUUUGAAUAGCAAAUGCGUGGUUAACUAGUUACCUCUCAGUUACCUGCUUCCUGGAUGGACAUCUGCUGCUAACUGUCUGCUAGAUACUUAUAAAUUUUGACUCGCUGCGUUCUACGGUCAAUAUAUGAUUCCUUCUGAGACGGAUAUACCAUCGUGUUUUUGAGGUUAAAGUUUCCCUUCUUUAAGUGGCUUGAUUGAUUUUAAGUCAAAUUACAUUGAGACGUGUGAGCAUAUUAUGCGAACUUAGGAUCCCUGAAUUUCAGGACAUAUACGUUUUUUCUUCCCCUUCAAAUUUAUGGUUCUAAGAUUGAAACUUGUGGAACGAUGAGAUGGGGACCUAAAAUUUGUGAAAAGCUAGAACAAAAAAGACACUUUCUGUUGAGAAUGGCUCCACGUAUAGGAUUUUUUUGGAGAUCACCAAAUUGGGGAGAUGAGACUUUAGAUUGGGCAUUGAUUUUGACACAGCCAGUUGUAAUUUAACACAGGAAACAUAAUUGUUUCAUUUAGAUAAUCUUUUUAUUCGUGGGGUUUGUCUUGCCUCUACCUUUUUCCUUUUACAUAUUUGCCCCAUUCUUGCCUAGAAAAUAGUUUUCUUGUUAUUAAA